AUCAUCUGUUUGCCAAGUGAGUAUUGGUUAGUUGCUGUGUUUUAGUAAUAACUGUAUCUGUCUCUCCCGGUUUUUGGCCAAAUAUUUAAUUCCUUCCAGGGAUUAGAAAUGUUUGCCUUGGUCAAUCGAAUCCUCGACUGGUUUAAAAGCCUAUUUUGGAAGGAAGAAAUGGAGCUGACUUUAGUUGGAUUGCAAUAUUCAGGCAAAACGACAUUUGUCAACGUUAUCGCGUCGGGACAAUUCAGCGAAGAUAUGAUUCCUACAGUUGGUUUCAACAUGAGGAAGAUUACAAAAGGAAAUGUCACAAUUAAACUAUGGGAUAUUGGUGGCCAACCUCGAUUCAGAUCAAUGUGGGAAAGAUAUUGCAGAGGAGUCAAUGCUAUUGUUUAUAUGGUUGAUGCAGCUGAUCAUGACAAAAUUGAGGCUUCCCGAAACGAGUUGCACCACUUGCUGGACAAACCCCAGCUGGCAGGCAUUCCUGUUUUGGUUUUGGGCAACAAAAGAGACUUACCAAAUGCACUGGAUGAAAAUGGACUUAUUGAGAGGAUGAAUUUGUCAGCCAUCCAGGAUAGAGAGAUCUGCUGCUAUUCGAUCUCAUGCAAGGAAAAGGGCAACAUUGACAUCACACUACAGUGGCUGAUCACACAUUCCAAGUCGGGCGGUACCCGUUAAUAUUUUGGGGCUAAAAGAAAAAGACAAGAAAGAGCAAGAGCGAUAAUUGGUCAGUCAUAUCAAAUGCAGCCAACUCAGUACGACAUCAAAUCCUCUUGUGCGAAUCCGACUCUUUUGUGUUCUCAUUUAUUUUUUUUUAAUUUUCUUCCAAGUGGAGCUCUGCUUUGUCUGUGAAAGCCCGAACAACCGGUCGCAAUUAACUGCUGAUUCUCUUUUUCGACGGAAACACAUCGUUUCUUGAUUAUGAUACAUUUUGUCGUGCUCCACACCUAAUUCCUCUUUUUUAAAUUUUUUUUCCUCUCAGAUUUAUCAAUGUCGCACUGUAUCCAAUUUUUUCGCCUUUUUCGGUAGAUUAAAGAAAAUUUAAAAGGUC